AUGGCGUGGCGGGUCGCCUUCUCCGCCGCCUCCAAGCAGGCGGCAAGGCAUCUUGCAAGGUAUCGAUGGGCAAACGUGAUCUACAAAGAGGUUGCUUCAGUUCCUUCUUUGGGAGCACCUGCUGCAAAUACUACUACAGGCACUGGUAGUGUGCUUAGGAACCUACAACAGAGGUACCGGUCAAGCCUCUCUGGUCAGACGAUACGGGGUGUGCACUCUGAUGCUGCUUCUCUUCGUAAAGAGAUUUACAGGAGUGAUCCGGAAAGAGUUAUACAUAACUUGAAAAGUCAUCCCUUGUUAAAUUCCAAUGCAGUCGCUAGAAAUACAACUACUGGCGCAGGCAGCGUGCUUAGAAAUCUACAACAGAGGUACCGAUCAAGUUUUGUCGGUCAGAGGAUACGGGGAAUGCACUCCAACACCGCUUCUCUUCCUAAAGAGUUUUAUAGGAGCGAUCCAGAAAGAGUUAUACGAAACUUCAAAAGACAGCCCUCGUUACAUUCCAACCCUUCAGCUCUCUCUGACUAUGUAAAAGCUGUUGUCGAUCUUGAAUUGGUAACACGAGGCAUUGGUAAUGCAGCAAUGGUGGAAGGAAGCCGUAGUGCUCUUCGUCAGCUGUCAAAAAGUGGUCUUCUUGGUACAGCCAGUGCACCUUUUUACGUAGUAGAGAAAGGUCGACUUAUGAAGCAGCUUUGGCGUACCAUCUCCGCCCUUACAGUUACUGGCUUUGCAAUCUAUGGUCUUAAGGUUGUGCUUAAUGAAUUCGAUGAGGAAGAAGGUAAAUUUGAUGGCUUGAAAGAAGUGGCUACAGAUUUAAGCACAAAAUUCAGUGAUGUAAAGGGGGUUGAUGAAGCCAAAGCUGAUCUCGAGGAAAUAGUUCACUACCUACGUGAUUCCAAGCGUUUCACGCGCCUUGGUGGCAAGCUUCCAAAGGGUGUUUUGCUAGUGGGUCCACCUGGCACAGGGAAGACCAUGUUAGCUAGGUCUGUGGCUGGCGAAGCCGGCGUUCCUUUUUUCUCUUGCAGUGGCAGUGAUUUCGAGGAGAUGUAUGUGGGUGUUGGUGCUAGGAGAGUGAGGGAGCUCUUCAGCGCAGCAAAGAAGCGAUCUCCUUGCAUAAUAUUCAUCGAUGAAAUCGAUGCAAUUGGUGGGCGCAGAAACUCUGAAGAACCAAAGUGGUCGAGGCAGACCCUGAACCAGCUGCUUGUUGAGAUGGAUGGCUUCAAGCAAAAUGAUGGGAUCAUCGUGGUCGCCGCGACCAACUUUGCGGAGUCGCUAGAUAGUGCCCUCGUCAGGCCUGGUCGUUUUGACCGUCUUAUUCAGGUUCCUAAUCCAGAUGUGGAGGGCCGACGGCAGAUCCUCGAGGCUCACAUGUCAAAGGUAUUGAAGGGCAAGGGUGUGGAUAUGAUGACCAUCGCAAAGGGUACCCCUGGGUUCUCAGGUGCAGACCUCGCAAACCUAGUGAACGAUGCUGCUCUCAAGGCUUCCAGGGAUGGCGCAAACGCUGUUGGGAUGGAUCACCUGGAAUACGCCAAGGACAGGAUCAUGAUGGGCAGCGAGCGCAAGUCUGCGGUGAUAUCUGAUCACUCCAGGAAGAUGACGGCAUACCACGAGGGAGGGCACGCCCUUGUUGCUAUCCUCACGGACGGCGCCGACCCUGUCCACAAGGCCACCAUUGUUCCCAGGGGAAAUGCUCUUGGCAUGGUGACGCAGUUGCCAGGGGAAGACGGCGAGCUCGAAAUCACGAGGAAGCAGAUGCUGGCGACGCUUGAUGUCCUCAUGGGUGGGCGGGUGGCUGAGGAGCUUAUAUUCGGAGAAGGCGGGGUCACCACCGGCGCCUUGUCUGAUCUAAGCAGCGCGACACAGUUGGCGACAGAUAUGGUCACCAAGUAUGGUAUGAGCAAGGAGGUCGGCCUCGUCUCCUAUGAUGAUGCGACCAUGAGCGGGCGAUGGUCACCACUGGUUGAGGAGGAGGUGAAAGCGUUACUGGACAAGGCUUACGAUAACGCAAAAACGAUUCUCACGAGACACAACAAGGAGCUCCAUGCGCUAGCCAACGCCCUCCUGAAGCAUGAAACUCUCACUGGUGACCAGAUCAAGAAACUAGUAUCGGCAGGUAGAUGGUUUUAG